AUUUGGUGGAGUAGUAAGUGAAGAUUCUAGGGCACUUCCUGCCCAUAUACAACUAAAAAAACAAACUGUGCUCAGUUCAAUUGCACACGCCUUCAAAUGUUGCACGAUAUUUCUUUCUCCUUUCCACUUCCCCGCAAUCUAAAGGGAAGGUGUAUCCUGAUUCGUUUGCCGGACGUGGGACGCAUUUGUUGAGGUUGUUCAGCCAAUGGUAGAGUAGGAAGCCAUGUUUUUGUUUGUUGUCUUUCUAUGUUGCGCAAACGGCACUCUCUUAUUCGGUAAAUAAUCCUGCGCAAUUCUCCAUUGUCUAUGCUUUCAUUCCCCGUUUUCCUGAGCAACUGGUAUAAAAGAAGGCCACACGGCAGCGUUGAUCCAGGUUUCGACAACGAGUUUUGGAAGUUACACACGGUACCCUCUACCAGAUCCAGCAAAAUGAAUGCCAAGGCAAUCCUAGCAGUACUGGCCGUUUACGCUCUGCUAGUUGCAGGCACUUCAGCCUGCGGCGGCGAGGGCCGCUCCGAAUCCGGAAGAUGCGGUGGCGGCGAAGGCCGCAACGAACAAGAAGCUGCCGAGGCCCGCCUGGACAGCGCUGCAAUGUCCAGCGAGUCGGCUCGCUGCGGUGGCCAAUCCGGUCGCUGCGAUGGCUAGCGGCGCCCUCGGAUACGCAGCUGCUUAUUUGGCCAACUGUUGGGUGGUGGUUUGAAGUCACUGAACGGAACGGUUUCGAAAUAAAUUUGCUUGGCUUUCA